AUGAACUUUGUGAAAACGCACAUUUACAAACAAGAGUAUACAAAUGAAGGGAUAAAAGAACUUGAAAAGGAUGCUAGGAGUACAAAAGAAAUAGAUCAAAAUAAAAUACUGAAAGAAUUACCAGAAUUUAAGAGAAAUAAUCAAUUCUUAAGCCUUUCAGAACAAUUGGAAUUAAACAAAAAUAACAGUACCAAUAAUGUAGUAUAUGGAAAAGAUGAUAAUGAUGGAGAGGGACAUAUGAAUAUUUAUGCUAUGCCAAAUUUAACUGAAGAAUAUGCUGAAUAUUAUGAAAGUUAUGCAAAAAAUGAUAAUUAUAGUGCUGAAAAAAUUAGACAAAGAGAAUAUGAAGUUGAAUUAGAGUUUAAAGAAGCUAUAAAAAGUUUUGUUAAAAAAAAAGAAUUAAAUGAAAAAAAAAACAACUCUGAUUUAUUCAGGGAGGAAACAAAUGUAAAUCUCAAAGAGAUUAAAAAAAAUAUUAUUAAAAAUAAAAAAAAAAAUGAAGUAAAAUCUAAUGUCAAGGCUAUAAUAAAAACCAAGAAAAAAACUUCCAUCGCUUGUCCAGAGAAUCAUGUGGAUAUAAAAAAACAUACUCCACAAGAAGAAAACAAUUCAUUAUUGAUUGGUUAUUCGGAUUAUUCUGAUGGGUAG